ACUACUUGUUGUAUGACAAUAUGGCGGCGCCCUGUUUCGCUGGCUUUGCGUCGAAACCAGGGCUGGGAGGUUCCCUCCGGAGAGCCUGUGCUCUGUGGAUGCACGGUCCUGCUGUCCCACGUCAACAACACAGGAGGUUCUUCUGGCGGAAGUGGAAUAAUUCGGAUUUUUCUCAUAAUGUUGUUCGGCCGGCUACCGUAAGGCCUGCUUACUCCGUUCCCAAGCACAUCGUGCGACCUAACUAUAUUGGCAAAGCAGUGGUCCCAGAAUGGCCAGACUAUAUAGAGCUCAAGGACCAGGAGCAGAUCGCGGGGCUCACCAAAGCCUGCCAGCUGGCAAGACAGGUGUUGCUACUGGCUGGACGUUGUCUCAAGGUUGGCAUGACGACAGAUGAGAUAGACUUCAUAGUCCACCAAGAGACGAUUAAACACAAUGCGUAUCCCUCCCCUCUCCGAUACGGGGGGUUCCCCAAAUCAGUCUGUACUUCUGUCAACAACGUCAUCUGUCACGGUAUACCGGACAGCCGUCAGCUCCAAGAUGGAGAUAUCAUUAAUGUUGAUGUGACUGUUUACUUUGAGGGUUACCAUGGCGACACCUCAGAAACCUUCUUGAUUGGCCAGGUGGAUGAGCCCGGGCAGCGGCUGGUUGAGAUAGCGAAGCGCUGUCGAGACGAAGCCAUCGCUGCUUGCAGACCUGGCGCGCCGCUCAGUGUCAUAGGAAACACUAUUAGUGAGAUAGCCCUCACAAGUGGCUUUGAAGUGUGUCCCUAUUUCAUUGGCCAUGGAAUAGGCUCCUACUUUCAUGGUCAUCCUGAAAUCUGGCAUCAUGCAAAUGACAAUGACAUGACCAUGGAUGAAGGCAUGGCCUUCACAAUAGAACCCAUAAUAACGGAGGGAUCUUCAGAGUUCAGAAUCCUGCGAGAUAAAUGGACAGCAGUUUCUGCAGAUGACAAAAGGUCAGCUCAGUUUGAACACACAGUGGUCAUCACCUCGGAUGGGGUAGAUAUCCUUACCAAGCUUCCAGAAGAGAGCAGUCUGUGACCUGGUGGAAUCCAUGGUUCCUGGCCUGGAUACUAAUAUUUAGUGUGUAUGUGUGCAUUGUGUAAAUUUCAACUUGUAUGUAUAAAGACACAGAUAAAGUAUCAUUUUAUUGUAACUUUCAUGCCA